AUGCCUUUUACCGCUUCUGAUAUCUGCAAAAUCAUCUUUGCCAUCAUCCUGCCCCCUCUGGGUGUCUUCCUGGAGCGCGGCUGUGGUGCCGACCUGCUGAUCAACGUCUGUUUGACCAUUCUGGGUUGGGUCCCUGGUAUUAUCCACGCUCUCGACCCCGUUCAUUCUGACAAUCCCGCGUCGCCGCCCUUCGAAUGA